AGGAAAAUUCCCGAAGCCUCUGGACCUCCUCCAGGUAGGGUAUAAAAGCUGGGACAGUCUCACUGCAGAGACAGAAGACAACACAGAAGAGACGACAUUUUAACUAGAAGACUGAACACUAAAGACUCACUGAAGAUGCUUUGCUCUCAUGGAUUCCAGUCCGCCCUCAGUCCAUUCACGGGCCUCCACUGGCCUGCACGCAGGCUGUGGCCAGAUGUCAAACCUCUGCUCCACCAGCAGGAUCUACUACAGAGAAACCUACAGGACCUCCGCAGCAGUCUGGAGCUGAUGGACAAACUUCAUCAGGAGUUCCUGGAGGAAACGGAGCCUUUCCAAAGCAGCGGGGCCCUGCAAGCGGUCUCCCACCACCUGGACACAGAGGGGGAGAACUUUGACCUGACCCUGGACACUCAAGGGUUUCUCCCAGAGGAGCUGUCUGUCAGGCAGGUGGGCCGCAAGCUGAGACUCAGCGGGAAGGCAGAGAGGAAGCAGGAGGACGGGGAAGGCUCCUACUCUUACAGCCGCCAGGAGUUCAGACAGGAGUUUGAUCUGCCUGAAGGGCCGGACCCCGAGGCCCUCACCUGCUACCUGGCUCCAGACGGGAAGCUCCACAUCCAGGCAGCCAGAGCUCCACAAGGGCACCACAAGGAGAGAGAGCUGACUAUCCAGAGGAGCUUGGAGGAGAAGACACAGCCGAGUGUGUGUGCACAGACGCAAGGAGCAGCCUGAGAAGCUGGAGUCCUCUGCUGGGUGUUCAA